CCAUUCCCAUGUGAUCUUCCCUUUCCUUUUCGUCUCUCUACGCAGAUUUGUUCUUCCCAAAAUAAUCAAGCUCUACCACCUCCAUAACUUCCCAAAUCAAAACAAGAAUACAAUAUCAAUCUCUAGCCAUCAACCGUAAGAACAUCAUAAAUCAAAGCAAAAUGAAUCUCAUCAAACACACCGGCGACCUCUUCUCCCGCAUCCGCUAGUGAAACUGGAUUCGUCGACCCCCAUGGCGGCGUCGAAAGCAGAUGAGGUGAUCGAUUCUCCUUCCCUGUCGCCUGGCGCUCGAUUCUCCUUCAUUGUUGUUUGUCUAGGCCCUGGAUUUGAGGCAUCGAAGAAAUACCACUUCCUCCUCGGCCACACCCACCUCCACAGUCCCUCUCCUUCGCCGUCCAUAUCCUUCCCCCCUUCGAAUCGCACAUCAUCCUUGUCGUCCUCACCGAGAAGACGGAGGAGCGAGUCAAUCACUGAGUUCCUUGACUCGGCACCCCCGAUAUGGAACUGGAAGCCGGGAAGUCGUUGGAAUCGACGAGCAGGGGAAGUCGACGACCCCAACCUCCCCGAGCGCCCUCAUCCCACCGUCGCUGUUGUAUCACCUCUGCAUCUAGUCGCCGCCAGCUCAUGUUGCCUCAAUGCCGAGUUUCCAUCGCCGUCCAGGCCAUCGAAGAAAGGAGGAACCUGGAGAAAGUGUUGAAGAAGAGCAAGCGUUGAAAAGUAGAUUGGAGGAAAGGAAGGGAUGAAGAUAAUGUUGAUGGCGGCGGGGAAAGAGCCAGAAUACAUCUUCAAUUUAGGGUUAGGGUUGGGUUGCUGGGAAGUGGGGGCAUGAAAUAGUGCAUUUAUUAUUUUUAUUUUUUUCAUUCUUAUUAAAUCAUAAAAAUUUGC